AUGACGACGACGACAAAUCGAUACGGUAUAGAAACCGAUGAUGUUUUCACACAUGAAACAUUAAAACAGUCGCCUUCUGAUGGUUUCGUUGGAUUACCGUCUUCUCCUCCUCCACCACCUCCACCUCCACCACCACCACCACCACCAAUAUCACCUGUAUUUAAUAAUAACAUAAAUAACAAUUGUAAAAUAUUACUUCCACAUCAAGAAGUUAAUCUUGUUGUUAAUCGUGCAAAUAUAAAUGAAAUUCAAGCACGUUCUAUUCCAUCAAUGCUUAUAUCAAGUAAUAAUAUUUGGACACGAUGUGUUCUACCCAAUCUUCAUAUAAAACAAAGUGUAUUCGAUCAACAUUUUGGUGAUUCAAAAUCUCUAAUAACAGAUCGUUAUAGACGUGUAAGUGUAUCAACAAAUUGUGUAGGAGGAGGAGGAGCUGGUAUUAAUGAUGAUGGACCAUUAUCAUUUGUUUUACUUGAUGCUACAUCAAAAAUGCUUUAUGAUGUACCAAUGCGUCAUUUACUUCAAUUAGUCAAAAAAGAUUAUGAUGAUGAUGCUACUAUUGAUCAUGUUAUACGAGCUAUUGACGAAACACAAAUGAAAUCGGAAUGGCUUGAUGCAGUAACUGCUUUAAAUAAACAAUUUGAUAAACGUCCAGAAGAUAAAGCUCGAGUAUUAGCACAUAAUGGUUCAACACAUGGUCUUGUACUUAUAGAACAAUUUUUUGUUAAACUUGUUCAUAUACCAGCUUAUGAAUUUAAAUUAAUUUAUUUAAAAUUUCGUGAAGAAGCACCAACACAACUUGAACGUAUGAUUAAACAUAUAAAUGAUCUUCUUGAAUCUAUUGAAAUAAUAUUAAAUAAUGAACAAUUACCUGGUAUACUUCAUUUACUUUGUUUACUUUAUAAUAGUAUAACAAGUAAAACAAUACCAGGUAUUCAUUUUGAUUCAAUUUUAUCUGUAAUUUCAACACGUACAUUAAAACAAAAUACAACAUUCGCACAUUUAUUAUGUCAUUUAUUAGAAGAACAAUAUCCAACAUUAUUAAAUAUAUUUAAUAAUCAAAUAUUAUUAAAAUUAAAAGAUUUAUCAUUAAUUAAAUAUAUUCCAAUUUAUAUUGAUAUAAAUUUAUUAUAUACACGUUAUAAACAAUUAAAUAUUUCAUUAAAUAAUUAUGAAAAAGAAUUUAUUUAUUUACCUGAACAUAUAAAAACAACAUUUAAUAAUUUAGAAAUUUUAUUUAUUAAAUUAUUUAAUUAUGAAAAUCAAAUAAAACAAGGUGAAAAAAAUUUAUCAAAUUAUUUUUGUGUUACGGAUUUAUCACUUGAAAUAUGUUUAUCAAUUCUUGGACAAUUUAUUGAUAAAAUUCGUCUUGCUCAUAUGCAAAAUAUUGAACAAUAUCGUCGUAAUCAAUUAUUAUCGAAACAACAACGAAUUAUUCAAACACCAAUACGUUCAUUACGUAAUAUACAAAAUUCAUUUUCUUCAGAUACAAAUAUUUUUCGUGAUCAUUUAAAUGUUCCAUUAACACGUCAAUGUUUGAAAAUUAAUCGAACAUCACGUGAUCGUUAUUUAUCUUCACGUGAUAUUUCUUAUGAUGAACAAAUAACUCAAAAUUUAUUACCAAAUUCUAUACCAAGAAAACGUGGUCAUUCUCCAACAUCUAAAACUGUUCUUACUAAACGACCAUUUAAUAUUCUUGGAUUAUCAACAACAAAUAAACAAAACGAAGAAAUAGAUGAUGUUUUCAUUUCUCCAACAUCAGAUAAUAAACAUGAAGAAACAAAAAUGGAUUGUUCAACAAAUGAAUCUGCCAUUGUACCAACAAUAAAUAUGAUAUCUACUAAUGAAAAUCAAAUAUCAUCUUAUUUAACAACAUCAAAUCGAUCUUUAUUCGAUUCUACAAAUGAUCAAUCAAUUCCAACAAAUAAUUCUAUUCUAUCAAUUAAAUAUGAAAAUGAUUUACCAAUCAAAAUUCAUCAAUAUGAACAUAAUAUUGAAAAUGAAAUUAAUAAAGAAAAUAAUUCAUCAUUAUCAACACAAAAUUCAACAGAGUUGUCACAUUGGUAUACGAAUUUAUUUCAUCAACUUUGGCGUUCAUCAUUAAUGAAUUUACCUUCUCUACCAAAUAUCAUCGAUGAUAAUAAUCAAUCAUUAUCGUCUGUUAAUAAUUCUAACAGUAAAAUUCGUAGUACAUUUACAAUGGAAAUAUCAUCAUCUCGUUCAAAAAAAUUCAAUAAAAAUCCUAAAAGACAAUCAAAUAUUAGCGAAACUGAUGAAUUAAAUUCGCAAAGUUGUCUAACAGAAUCAAAUUCAACUUAUCAAUUAAGUUAUGAGAAUAUUAUUGAUAAUAAUAAACAAUCAUCUCCAUCUAAUGAACAAUUAAUAAAUUCAAACAAAUCUAGAAGUAAAUUAGUUGAUCAACAGAAAACUAAUAAAUCAAAAAAAUGUAUAUCAUUUAUGGAGAAUCAAGGAUCGAUAUCGACAAAUAAUAUUUGUAAUCGAAAUAUCCAACGUUGUGCUGUAUCUCGUAGAAUUUCAACUGAAAAAGAUACCGAAGAAACUAAGACAACAUCUUCAACAAUGCAAUCACAAAUGCCAAUAACAACAAAUCGUCGAAUAUCUUCUAUUAAAACUAAAACUACUAAUCAUAAUGUUCAUUCUAUAACAAAUGCACCUUCAUUUACUCGACCAUUACGUGCAUUUCAAAUGCCUACUAUAACUACUAAUGGAUCCUCAUCAUCAAAAAAUACUAAAAAUUUAUCUUGUACUUCACAACAACAUCAUCAUCAUCAUAUAACAAUGCAAAAAACAUUUUCUAGUAGAACAAUAUUAGGUACUGUUCUACCAUCAACAACAUUAGUUAAAACUCAAAAAAACAAUUGA